GUCACUGCACGCUGGCCGUUACUCUGGAAACGUUGGGAGGUUACGCGGCUGGAUGACCAGCUGGGGGGAAGGUCCAGGUUCAGCCAUGUGGCCUCUCCUUCCUCCCAUCUUCAUCUUCUUCUUCCUCCCCCUGACACUGCCUGAGCCUCAGCCCCACUGCAGCCGCUGCUGUGAUGACCUCCUACCAGCAGAGGGCCCUACAGCGCUCCAGCCGGCCAUGCCUGAAAUACGCACCUACAUUAACAUGACUAUUCUCAAAGGUGAUAAAGGUGACAGGGGAGACCGGGGGACUCUGGGUAAACCUGGGGUUGAGGGUCCUCCAGGUCUCCAGGGCGUCAAGGGCAUGAAAGGUUCUAAGGGCCAGGCCGGAGCUCCGGGCAACCCGUGCAAGGCUGAGCACGUGGUGUUCUCGGUGGGCCGCCGCAAAGCCCUGCACGGUGCCGACUCCUACCAGGCACUGCUCUUCGACACCGUCUUCGUCAACAGCCCCGAGCACCUCGACAUGUUCUCCGGAAAGUUCCACUGCCGCGUGCCGGGCGUCUACUUCUUCAACGUGAACAUCCACACGUGGAACUUCAAGGAGACGUACAUGCACAUAAUGCAGCAGAAUCAGGAGCGCGCUAUCGUGUACACGCAGCCUGGCGAGCGCUCCAUCAUGCAGAGCCAGAGUGUCAUGCUGCCCGUGCGCCGCGGCGACGACGUCUGGGUGCGCCUCUACAAGCGCGAGCGAGACAACGCCGUCUACAGCGACGACGUCGACGUCUACAUCACCUUCAACGGGUACCUCGUCAAGGCGGACGAGGAGUGACCGGACGAGCAUGGGGGCGGCAGGAUGGCUGAGAAACUGAUACAUUUUUACGAGGUGUGAGACACACACUGCCUGUGUGUUAAUUAUUUUUUAGCCUGAACACAUUUGGUGAAUACUUUACAUUCUUGUCCUUGUAAUGGAACAGAAACUGAAAAGGU